AUGUGUGCAGUCUACUUUUCUUUUAAGCUAAAGUAAUUGCCUAAAUCGAAUCCUCGUUCUCUGACGUCAUCCCGGUGUAUUUCUCUCUAACCAAACCACAGAUUUCCACAGUGACUGCCACCAACUAUCACUGAAUCGCCUCACACUAUCACUCUUCAAGCUUGUUAACCGGAGUCGUGUUAUCCCUGUAAUCCUCCCUACCAUCCUUAUUAACCUUAUUAUGCGUUGGUGGAGCUGGGGCACGGAUAACGGUGUACAGAUGAAGGACCUUGUAAGGAACAGCAUGACUACGGAGAUGAUGGACGUGCGCUUAUUCAGGUCUCCAGUUUCAACCGCCGCAACUUCACCAACUUUGUACCCUGCCGAAAACGACACGAGUUGCGUGGCGGACCUGUCGGUUGCGGUGGCUGUAAUGCCUUUUGUCAGCAUCACGGACCUGAUCGGUGGCAGGUGGAUUUUCGGACAGGUGUUCUGUAACGUCUUCAUCGCCAUGGACGUGAUGUGCUGCACUGCGUCCAUAAUGACGCUGUGUGUCAUCAGCAUAGACAGGUACCUGGGUAUAACCAAGCCGCUCACCUAUCCUGUCCGCCAGAGUGGCCGCUGCAUGGCCAAGAUUGUCCUGUCGGUGUGGCUCCUCUCUGCCUCCAUCACACUGCCCCCUCUCUUUGGCUGGGCCCAGAACGUCAAUGACGACCGUGUGUGUCUGAUCAGCCAAGACUUUGGAUACACCGUCUACUCCACCGCUGUGGCGUUCUACAUCCCCAUGUCUGUCAUGCUCAUCAUGUACUAUCGUAUCUACCGAGCCGCCAAGGUCAGCGCGGCCAAGCACACCAUCGCUGGCUUUCCCCGGGAGCCGGGGGAAGGAGACAGGGGUGGGAGAGAGGGCGUGCGGGAGGCGGGGGAGGGAGUGGACUGCGUGGCGGCAGCCCUGAAGCUCCAGCGGGAGGUGGAGGACUGUGCCCGCUUCUCGCGUCUCCUCAGAAACGACAGGAAGAACAACAUCUCCAUCUUCAAGCGGGAGCAGAAGGCAGCGGCCACGCUGGGGAUCGUGGUGGGGUGCUUCGGUGUCUGCUGGCUGCCUUUCUUCCUCCUCUCCACGGCCCGGCCCUUCAUCUGUGGGGUGGAGUGCAGCUGUGUGCCUCUGUGGGUGGAGAGGAUCCUGCUGUGGCUGGGAUACGCCAACUCCCUCAUCAACCCCUUCAUCUACGCUUUAUUCAACCGCGACCUGAGAACCACCUACCGCAACAUCCUCCUCUGCCGCUACCGCAACAUUAACCGUAAACUCUCUGCAGCCAGCAUGCAGGAGGCGCUCAAACUGACAGAGAGACAUGACCUGGUCAUUAAGGUUAUGUAGGAGAGAGAGGGGAGGGUCAGUCCAGUCCUUUUAGGUCUAAAGAGAGAGAGAUAGACAGAUAUUGGUCAUUAAGGUCAAAGUGAGACCAACACUUGGUGAAUAGACUGGUUUCUCUCCUAACAAGAGAGAAACCUGGAGAGAUUCUAAUUUCUUUUUAUAUGAACUGGAGAGAGAGAGGUCUUAGUGGUUGAUACUUGUACAUUAAAAUAACUAUUUCUGAGACAAUUAUGUGAACCAGUUGGGGUUUUGUGUACAGGUAAUCUGCAUGCCAGUAUCCAUGUGCAGAGCCAACAUCUUGAGUUUUUUCUCGAGUCUGGAACACUUCCUGACUUCAGGCUGGAUUACUCAUCAUGUUAGCAUGACCAGAUAACCCAAGCUAUUAAUAGAAGGUAUGAAUGGAAAGAUCUCACCAGGAUAUCCACAUACAAUAUUUGAUACACUUGGAUAAACAAAGACUUCGACAGCAAGAGAGAUAAAUAGGCAGAAAGACAGACAGACCUGUAGAUGACUAGACAGAUACAGUCAUUCCAAAAGAUAAAAAAAAUGCCCCCUCCCUCAAAAAUGUUGAGGACUCAUCCCCUGAAUUUGUUCUGUACCAAUCAAGGUUAACAUGUCACCUAUAAUGAUUUUCUCAAUAACAUUAAGAUAUGAUUGAGAUGACACCGACAUGCAUGCAAAAUUACACUGCACACGCAUGUUAAGUAUGACUCACUCCACAAACAAUUAAUGAGGACACUGUCACCCUUUACAUCAUUUAUGAACAACCUAUGACAGUAAUAUCAUGCAACCAUUUGCCACUUUGGGUCAUAAGUCAUAUUCUAGAUCUGAAUAAUAAAUAUCAAAUAACAAUACAGCAUACUAAGAAUAAGCGGACGUUCUUUCCUUUAAAGGUUUGUAAACAGUCCACUCUAACCUGUCCUACAGCAUGUGAAUGCAUUUAUUCAUGUGUGAGUAAUGGCGUUCUGACAGAAAUCUGUAGGUCAGAAGCAGCACUAUGUCAGUCAUCUAUAUUUAUCCUAUGAAUAUUCUUUCCAGCUGGUCACACUGACAUAUUUGGUCAAAUUCAAUGUUCCCCCUGCUCUAAGCGUAAACAAGUAGAAGUGAAAUGUUGAUUAUUUGUGAUAAGAUCUGAUAAACCCAUUUAUCCUGUACAGGACUGUACAGCAUCAUUUGAGUGGUGUGAAUUCACAUGAUUUGAAGAGAUAUUGUAGCUUAAUGUAAAACAUUAUGUCAUUAAAAUAUCUUUUUUGGAGGGUCUUGUGGAGAGCAAAAUGUAGGUAACUGAUGUUGUCAAGGUGGCUGGUCAUGUUUGUACGUUUUUGUAUGUAAAGGAUACUAAAGGAAUACUAAAUGUAAAGAUGGACAACUG